UAUGGCUUACAAUUUGAAAAAUGUGAUAUCUUUAGCAUAUUUUGAUUAUAGAUAUAUAUUGAAAUGUGGUUCUACAGAAUUAUUCAUGUAAUUUAAAGAUUUGGUUAAUAAAGCUAAACCUUAAGGUAUGACAGGAUUAUAUGUGGCUCUCAAAAAUGCUAUUGAUUCCCUUUUGUAAUUCAAAAAGAAAUAUCCAAAUUUUUUAUUGAGAAUCAUUGCACUGUGAUGGAGAAGAUAAUAAAAAUAAAUUUAGUCCAGAAUUUAUUGCAAAAUCAAUUGCGUAAAAUUAAAUAAUUCUUGACUCUUUUGUUGUUUAUGAUAAAUUUGAUGGAUUGAAAUAAAUUACAAGCGCAGCAGGUGGACAAUGUUUUUGCCCAAAAACUAUCUAAGAAGGUUUAAAAUUAUUUGAGUAUGAAACUAUAUUAUCUGCUAAAAUAAGAAAGCCCUAAGAACCCUUAACUAAUUCUAAGAUUGAAGCUAUUUUCAAAUAAGGUCCAAAAACCAUUAAAUUUGAUGUUUAACCUAGAGAAUACGNUACUUGUUGGGCUACUUUAAAUCCUAUAAAGACUCCAGCUUUUUUAUCUUUAAAUGAAAAUGAAGAUGAUGUAUUACUUUAUUAAAUAGUUGAUUACAAUACUAUCUUAGCUAAAUAGUAGACCGAAGAAAUUCAUUCUAAUGGAAAACGAUAUUCUUAAUGA